CAGGAAUGCACCAAAGUAUAAUAUCAAACGAGUCAACACCUAUCGCUCUCCUUUCUUUUUGAUAUUAGAUCUUUGUGAAUCUACAAAGAAACUUUCGAAACAACGGAUUUCUCUUCGCCCUCGACUCUAAUUAAAAACAAAAACCAACCGUAGUACUGGACCAGCAUCGGCAGCGGCGGUGGCGAUAUCCCAUAUGUGCAAUGUCUGGUAAACCCCAUAAUAUUAUUUCUCUCUGAGCCGGAACAAUAGCUCUUGCCAACAGCGGGAUAGCUGAGCUCUUCUGAACAACAAUUCGUUUGCUCUCCCGUAAAACAUUCGACGGCGCAGCUGUGGAUUUGGGGGCCUGGAUCUCACGCCCUUGUAUUAGACCAUGAUGGAUGAAUUUGAUCUGCCGGCCCUACGACCACCGACUAAAACUACCGGGCCGUUCCCCCUGGACGGCCAAGAUGUAUCAACCUUGUCAAGAGCUCAGAUCAAACAGGCGUUGGGCAAGGGCGCGACUGUGUAUCAUAACUGCUCAACGAGAAUUGCACGAAUCCACGAGGACGUGAUUGUCAAAUAUGGUGCCGAUGUCAAUAUUUGGGAAGCAAACAACAUGAAAUAUGUCAAAGAGCAUACUACAAUCCGACUGCCGAAAGUGAUCGAUGCUUGGGAGGAGAUUGAUGACGAACAAACUAUAUGCUACAUUGUUAUGGACUAUAUUGAGGGUGAACUUCUGUCAGAGAUAUGGUCUGAAUUAACGGAAGAAACGCGCUACGAUAUUAAUUGUCAGCUGUCCGAUUUUGUGCACCAGCUUCAAUCUCUAAAAAUGGACUCUCCAGGUCCAAUUGGCGGUGGAAUCUCCAACGGCGCAUUUUUUACAGACUAUGGUGCCGGACCCUUUGAGUCCAAAGAUGCCAUCGAAGCAUAUUUUAACGAGCGUCUCCUCGUAUGCCAAGACUUUGGCAUUGCUACAACACAGCCUCCUUUUCAUGGUCAAUUUGAGCAUCUCGUCAUGUGCCACAUGGAUCUUCAUAUCCGAAACAUCAUACUUGACGACGAGGGAAAGAUCUGGCUUAUUGAUUGGACAUUUGCGGGAAUGUAUCCACCAUACUUUGAAAUGGCGGUUCUUGUCAGGCAGGGUUGGGCUCAAUAUUUCCAGGACGCACUACGACUGCUGAAGUAUGAACAGUACAAUGAGGAAAUUGCACGACUUAUUGCAAUCGGGUUUGCUUUCACAACAGGGGCGCUCUGUAAGCCUAGGGGUCUGAAUUGAAGCUAGACAAACAUUUAGAGUAACAAGAUAUUAUUACUAAUUUCAUUGCUUUAGAGCAUGCUCGAAAGAUACCAAGUCAUCAAACUGAAAUGGGAAAUAAGGGGAAAGGGCAAAAGAAAAGCAACACAAAAUACUAAAAAAUAUCCCUUUGUAUGUAACAACAUAAGAUGUAGCAAGUAAUCGAUCCUGUAAAACUUGAUUUGAUUGAUUUAAAAGAGAGUGAAACUCAAUCCAAUAUAUGAAGGAUUCAUCCAAAAGCUGAACCACAU